AUGUCCCCAAGCGAUCGUGCCGCGUGCAAACCGUUGAGUCUCACUAUCUGGAAUACAGAUCAAAAUGGCUGGUUCUUGAGACGUGUGUUUCGUGAGCUGGCGCAACAACUUGAACUGGCGUCUGCGAGUGCUUAUCCGCGUGCCCGCUUCGUGGCGGUGUGCCCGUUGCUGACUGCCGCAGGGACAAUGGUUGGGGCUGCGAUGGCCAGAGUGAGCCGGGUGGCUGCAAACGCGGCAUCACUGGAUUUCGGCAGACGAAGGGCAUCCACCGCUUUCGCUGCGAGGCCGUUGUGCACAGGAACGUGUUCCUACUUCGCCAGGAUCUAUUACACAGAUGACUCCGGUAGGAAAUACCUGGACCUAUGGCUCCUGCAAGGCAUGCCCAGCCCAUCAACACCAGAGUUUUCGCCUCACCUUCACCAAGCAAACCUCACACAGAACUUACAGGAUGCAUCUCCAAUGGUCGCUCUUGCCGCGGAGGCGCGACGCAAUCAGAUCAUCGGCGAAUUGGGCGCCUUCGUGAAGUGGAAACUUCAGCCCGUCAGAAUGAUGCAAUGCGAUCUCAUGAGGAGAAUGAAAGGUCACGAAAGCGGCGAUCCGGACGAGGAUGAAGUUGGCAGGGACUACGUCAUAAUCGGUGCUUGGAUUUUCAGUGGGAUGACUGGGGUCACGAAUUCAGUUGAUCGUUAUUCUCAGCUGACGAAGUACUUGAUUUCCUUCAUGAAGUCGCGAGGGUUGAAAGCGGAUCCGUAUGGGUUGAGCAGAGGGAUGGAUUUCCUACGUUUCGUAGAGAAGGUUUGGCAGGUGGACAAUCGAAGUGCGUCAAGGUUACGGGAAGGAAAGAAGUUCACGGAAGCACAGCCGUGGACUGGUGAUCGAUGGACCAUCACUGCCUACACUAUUCGAGAUGUAGAUGGUUUGAGUUGGGAACAAUCUAAGUCCCUCAUGUCGCUCGGGUUUCAGUUGAAUUCUGGAAGACGAUUGCCAUUUGUUCCGUCUUUAAUUACCGGCGAUAGUGAUGAAGAGCUCACCAUGUUUGACUUCGCGAAGAAGCAGAAAGCAGAAGGUGAAAAGACUAAGGAACACUUCGAUGAAGCCGGAGAGUUGAAGAAUGCUGAGGAUCAGCCGCCUCCUCCUCCUGCAGAAGCGGUCGCCGAGGAGAAGGGAAUUGCUCCGUAUGAGUACGUCGAGCCCAGUGUUGCAGCCAGCUCUGUCGUGGAUGGUGAGGCAGAGCAUCCCCAUGGAAGUGGUGGACCCAUCAGGCUUACGCCGGAACAGCUGCCCGAUGUCUCUGGUCGCAUGGGUUAUUUUCGUUUCAGGGAGAUGGAGUGCAUUUCGUUGGGCAAGACACUGUCAUGGCACCUUCGUGGUCACGCCAAAGACAAAGGUUUUCACACCGUGGAGUUCGAUGAGGAGCAGGCCGCAGACAUUGGUGAGACCCUCAAGAUCUUAGGGAAGCAGUGGUCGCGUCUUACAGUCAUGACGAUUAUCGACCUUCAAGGCCGGUUCGAACUCCAGGCGACACGAAGGUUGGCCGCGGAACCAACUGACACUUUACCAAGAUCAGGGCCUUUCAAGGCCGCAACGCGUGUCUUUUGGUGCUUGACAGUCUGGGCCUUCGACGACAACUGGGUUCCCUCGUACACGGACAAAAGCCUCAACACUCCCGUGUUUGGGGAGCGCGGCCACCAGGAGCUUGUUGACGCCAAUGCAUUCCAUGGCUACUACUACAAUUUCAUCGUGGCUGGCCUGGGGUAUCGCAAUUUCAGCACCUGGACAGAUGCUGCGAAGGCAUGCAAGGACGUCCAUGACCUGGAUUUCUACCCUAUGAGUGCAUAUGGUCUGGACGUUCGCAUCCCGGAAGGGCAUGCCUUGCAAGGAUCGGAGUCCCUGUAUAAGAUGGUUGUCCAUGUCCAUGUCGCUCCGAAGCACCGCCAUCACAAGUGCAACGACGAGUGUCGCUCCAACGUCGAUGGUGCGAUCUGUUGCUUCAAAUGUGAAGAUCGUCUGGAGGCUCACUCCGAUGUGAGCAUGGCCCUUGAGAACGUGCGUGCCAAGCGAGUUGCCGCUCGGAAGAGUGAGCCUAUCGAUUAUCGGGCUUUGCAACCUCGCGGCGUCGUCGUCAACGCGAACAGGGCCACAGGGCACAAGAAGGAGCGGAGAUCUCGAACAGUCAUGGAACGCCAAUCGAGAGACCCCUUCAUGGCUUACAACAACGCACGCUUCGGGAUUUCCAUCAGCGGCCUCAAGCAAUCGAUGAUCUUCGCCCCGAUGCGGAUUGCCAAUCCUCCCAGAUCACGACAGAUGAUCGAGGAUCGCACCGGCCUUGACGGAGCUGCCAAGGUGAGCUGGUCAUUCCCACCGGAAGGUGAGGACCUGACCCUUACCAACCGCUGCUAUGUGGCGUUUGUGGACAGGUUCUAUAAGUUGGAUGAGGCAGCACUCCUUGCAUUUGGUGUUCACCACAACGGCUUUGCGUGGAUCGUUGGUUUCUUCCAAGAUGAGAUCCAGUAUACUGUUGAAAGGGGCGAGCAAGUUCCCGAGCUCGUGUUACCAGCGGGUGAGGAACUCUGCAUUCCGGAAGGGCUCUCCUCUCUUGGCGAUCGCCAGCUCAACGAACUCUUGAUCAACACAAAGUUCGCGAGAGAUCUUCCUGGCGCUAAGAACGUCAAUGAGAGAUUCGGCUAUGCCUUCCGUGCGGGAGCAGCGGCCUGUGACUUCGACCUUUGCGACCGGUGCUACGAAGCCCGUCCGGUGGCUGAGCGCGGUCCAGCCGCCAAGCCGAUGACUGUGAAUGCGGAACUCAUUCCAGGCUACUGGGACAUGGAGGUGAUGGAGGACAUCGCGAUGCUAAAGGGCCUUGCGCCGGAAGAAGAGAACGUGUUGAACAAGUUCGGCAAAGUCGAACUGACUGAAAGCGAGCUGGUCUACACUCGUGACCGCAAAGGCACCAAGGUGCCCGACCGGCUGCAAGUGAUGCAUGCCUACCGGAUUCAGAAUCUCCAAAACUGGACGGAGUUCGUGCGGAAGCAGAGGCGUAUCCGCGAGGAGAUCGACGCUUUGCGCGUUUCUGGGAACAAAGGCGUCUGCAGGAACGGCCCAGAGCCCAGCUGGCGUCUGCGUCAUUCCUCGUCUCUCGGCGUCUCUGCCGUAAUGUGCUUUUUAGCUUUAUACCAUGUCCAGGACGCACGGUCUGUCUCAGGCCAUGAGCUGAGCCCUCUGGGAACAAGCAAAGAUAAUGGCUGGGCCUGCGAUGGCCGGGACGAGGACGCCGGAUGUGCGAGCAAAAUCACCGGCUUUCGUCAGACGAAGGGCAUGAAUCGUUCCAAUCUGAGACUUUCGAAUCUCAGUGGCCUAAUCUCACUCCUCGAAUCCCUUGUCAUCUUGUCAUCUCUGCCAUCUCUGUUAAGGCUUCCGAUGUGA